AUGGAUACCGCAAUUGGCCAAGAGGCCAUCACCAUGGUUAUGGCCAACAGCACAACAGCUUUUUCAAAGGAAUGGAAUGAAGGGUAUUCGUACUACAUCGCAGUGUCAGUUUUAAUUGCCACCAUAUCAAUUCUGUCUUUCUUCAAAAGUUCGUCCAAGUCAACCCCCUUACCAUGGGUAAACCGACCUGGCUAUUUAGAUCUUUUUCACAUGAAGGCAAAGUACAGAUUCCUCAUGGGUGCAAGAGAUAUGGUGCUACAAGGCUUUGAAAAAUUCCGCGACAGUCCAGGAUUCCGAAUGGUUGCAGACGGUGGCGAGAUCGUCAUGUUGGCACCUAAAUAUGCAGCUGAAUUGAAAAACGACCACCGAGUUGAUUUUGUAAAGUUAUUCCUGCAGGAUUUCCACGAAGGCAUCCCUGGAUUUGACUUUACACAACAAGGUGCCCGAGACGCCAAAAUCUUGCGAGAGGUUACAAAGAGCCAAUUAACACACCAUUUAAGCAAAAUUACAGAUUCACUUUCAUCAGAAUGUGUAGCGUCUAUGCAGCAAAUAUUUACAGACGAUGAGGAAUUUCAUGAGGUUGAACUAAGAUCUUCGCUCUUGAACAUGAUUUCUCGGAUAUCGUCAAAAGCGUUCCUUGGGGGGGACCCGUUAUAUCAAAACGAGGAAUGGCUCAAGAUAACUACCACAUAUGCUGGCACGGUGAACCGCGCAGCAGUGAUGCUUCGACUCUGGCCACGUUACAUGCGCCCUCUGGUACAUUGGAUUCUACCAUCUUGCCGCGAAGCACGAACACAGGUUCGCCUAGCCCGCCGACUAUUUGAGCCGAUGCUUGAGCGUAGGAGACGUGCAAAGGCAGAAGAUCCAAAUGUUCAGUUCGACGACACCGUUGAGUGGGCCGAAAAAGCCGCCAAAGGAAUGCCUUAUGAUGCCUCCGCUGUUCAGCUACUUUUCUCGAUGGCUGCAAUGCACACAACAACAGACCUUCUGACUCAAAUCAUACUUGAUCUUGCAGCUCACCCGGAGAUUCUGAGUCCACUUCGCAAGGAGAUAGAGACAGUCUUGGAUGAAGAGGGUGGCUGGACCAAGAUGGCCUUACACAAGAUGAAGUUACUUGACAGCGUUUUGAAAGAAUGCCAGCGGAUGAAGCCGGCAGCAAUUAGCGGCCUUCGCGGGAUUCUUAACGCAGACGUAACAAUGUCGGACGGACUUCAUCUGACCAAAGGCACAUCUAUAGCAGUUUCGUCGCAUCUUCAUUGGGACGAAAAUGUCUAUAAGAACCCAAGUAAGUGGGAUGGAUGGCGCUUUUACAACCUUCGCCAAGAACCAGGUAUGGAACACCGAUCACAACUUGUGUCAUCAACUUCGCCCGAACAUAUGGGUUUCGGUAUUGGAACACACGCGUGCCCGGGCCGGUUCUUCGGAGCUCACGAAGUCAAAGUUGCGCUGUGCCACUUUCUCUUGAAAUAUGACUGGAAGCUGGCCGAGGGAUCCGUACCUCAAACGCGAACUUUCAUGUGGUCGCUUGUUGCUGAUCCUAAGGCAAGGAUUAUGAUCAAGAGACGAUAA